AGAGCGGCAGCGGGGCAGCAGGAAGUGAGGGGCCGCUGCGCUCCGCUCGCCGUGUUAUGCUAGAGCGCUCCCGCGGCAGGGGCCGACGAGAGGCGGGCGGCAGCUGCAGGAGCGCGGGCGGGGCGGCGGCUCCCCGGAGAGAGCGGCGGGGGGUCCCGGCGGCGGGCGGCGGGGGCAGGCUGGCGAUGGAGGAAGGGGCAGCAGACCUGCGACAGAGAAAGAAGCAAAACUGCACAGAAUCUGACAAAAUGGCUCCAGAGGAGAGAAACAAAGAAAACUCAAAGCUGGGAAGGUUGCCAAAAUAUAUGUUAAUUCAGCGAUUUGCGAAACUUUUCUUUGGCUGUCUUGCGGCAGUUACUAGUGGGAUGAUGUAUGCUGUGUACCUCUCAACCUAUCACGAACGGAAAUUCUGGUUUUCCAGCAGGCAGGAACUUGAACGAGAAAUUACAUUUCAGGGUGACAGCGCCAUUUAUUACUCAUUCUAUAAAGAACUGCUAAAGGCUCCUUCCUUUGAAAGAGGUGUUUAUGAGUUGACACACAACAAUAAGACAAUAUCACUGAAGACGAUAAAUGCAGUCCAGCAAAUGACUUUGUACCCAGAGUUGAUUGCCAGUGUUUUAUAUCAAGCAUCUGGUAGCGAAGAAGUUAUUGAACCAGUGUAUUUCUACAUUGGUAUAGUUUUUGGACUGCAGGGAAUUUAUGUGACUGCAUUGUUUGUAACCAGUUGGGUUAUGAGUGGGACUUGGCUGGCAGGAAUGCUGACUGUAGCAUGGUUCAUUAUUAACAGGACAGAUACAACAAGAAUUGAUUACUCCAUACCCUCAAGGGAAAACUGGGCUUUGCCAUAUUUUGCAUGUCAAGUAGCAGCUCUCACAGGCUAUUUAAAAAAAAACCUAAAUUGUUCUGCUGAGAAGUUUUGUUACCUUUUGGUGAGUGCUUCAACAUACACCUUCGUGAUGAUGUGGGAAUACAGCCAUUAUCUCCUGUUUGUCCAGGCUGUUUCUCUUUUUCUGCUAGACAGCUUUGCCCUGGCACAGACAGAAAAGGUGCAUGAAGUAUACAAAAUCUACUUGUUUUCUCUCUGCGUGGGAUACCUCUUGCAGUUUGAAAAUUCAGCCUUACUAGUGUCACCAUUACUGAGUCUUGUAGCAGCUUUAAUGCUCUCUAAAUGCCUUCAGAUGAAUAUGAAAAAAGGUACAUUUAUGUCAAGAUUGCUGAAAAUAAUGUACAUUUAUUUGGUACUCAUGAUAACAGUGACACUAAACUUCUUACUAAAGAUGUUUGUUCCUCAUAAAGAAAACGAGCAUUUGCUGAAGUUCAUUGAAGUAAAACUUGGCUUAAACACAACUAAGAAUUUUACAAUGAAUUGGCUCCUUUGUCAAGAAUCUCUUCAGGCACCCUCCCAAGACUUUUUUUUGCGACUAACACAGUCAUCACUGUUGCCUUUCUAUAUUUUAGUAUUAAUUAUCUGCCUUUUUUCUGUAACUCAGGUCAUUUUUAGGAGAAUUUGUGGUGAACCACUGAAAGAGACAGUUAAACUUGAGGAUGGUCGAAUUGGAGAGAGGCCAGAAAUAGUUUAUCAUGUAAUUCACACAAUUUUACUUGGUUGUCUAGCGAUGUGUUUGGAAGGAAUGAAGUAUUUAUGGACGCCGUAUGUUUGCAUGCUUGCUGCAUUUGGUGUGUGCUCUCCUGAACUUUGGAUGACACUUUUCAAGUGGCUUCGACUGAAAGCUGUCCACCCAAUAUUGCUGGCUCUUAUUCUGAGUAUGGCAGUUCCCACAAUAAUUGGAUUCAGCUUGUGGAAAGAGUUUUUCCCUAGGAUAAUGACAGAGCUUUCAGAACUACAAGAAUUCUAUGAUCCUGAUACAGUAGAACUUAUGACAUGGAUAAAGCGACAGGCUCCUGUGGCUGCUGUGUUUGCAGGCAGCCCACAGUUGAUGGGCGUGAUUAAGCUCUGUACCGGAUGGAUGGUGUCAAGCUUGCCUUUGUAUAAUGAUGCUGAUCUGCUGAAAAGAAAUGAAAAUAUUUAUCAGAUCUAUUCAAAGAGGUCAGCAGAGGAUAUUUAUAAGAUACUCACAUCUUACAAAGCCAAUUUUCUGAUUAUUGAAGAUUCAAUUUGCAAUGAAGUGGGACCUGUAAGAGGAUGUAGAGUUAAAGAUCUGUUGGACAUUGCUAAUGGUCAUGUGGUUUGUGAGGAAGGAGACAGCUAUGCCGACUCAAAAUAUGGACGAUUUUGUCAUGAAAUCAAAAUGAAUUAUUCUCCAUAUGUUAAUUAUUUUACUCGAGUAUACUGGAAUAGAUCCUACUUUGUAUAUAAAAUCAACACUGUGAUAUCCUUCCAGUCAUGAAAAAGCAUGCAGGCUUCUUUCUGAGGAUUGAUUGAGAAUGGAAUUCGGUUGGAAGAGUACCUUUUGAUCAAGGGAGUUAUUUUUGCAGAUACAUGUGCAUAUAUGCAGUGUAUUGACAACUUUAUUUUACCAAACUGGAGUUCUUUGAACUGCAGAUCAGCAGACACAGAUAUCAUCCUUGAAGGAAACAGGAAAACUUGUCAAUUUUACAGUCUCUGCAAAGUGUGACAGUCUUCCAGGUUUUUGCAUUUUCUUUGCAUUAUAAAUCAUCUUCAUGUAAAUGAGAUUUCUAACUUUAGUGUUAGAGAGCUGAUGUGGAUAGACUUCAGUAAAUGCAGAAAAGUUAUUUAAAGAGCUCAUUUAAGAUGUACAGCUUUUAUUUUCUAGUAAGAAAGCAGUCGGUAUCCUGAGUCUUUUCAAGUAAGUGUUUUGGGGUUUUUGGUUUUUUAAUUCUUCCACUGUAAGCAUUUCUGUGUUUAUCAAACACACAUUCAUGCAUUGUAUGUGUAGCUGUCGUGUUUAUAUAAAUCAAAUAAGGAAGAUUUUAUUUAAACUGCACUUCCUUAGAUUAAGGCACUGAUCUUUACAUUGUUAGAGACAUGUAGAAGACAUGGUGGAAGUGCUUGGACUUAUACCUAGCAGUAGGAGUUGACCAGGUCAGAUAUUCAGUAUGGAAAGAACUUGUCUUCAGGAUUUUUCCAUGCUUAAGUGUGUAUGUAUGUAUGCAUAUGUGUGUCUCAGCAGCUAUAAGAAUGGGCCAGUAUAGAACAGUAUGCCAUACUUGCUUUUAGACAAGUGUAGGAGGACAACUAGGUUUGCUACUGAGACUUCUGCACUUCUGUUUCACCCCCUCUGCCUGCGUGCUGGCACCUGUGUGUGUGUGUGUGUGUGUGUGUGUGUGUGUGUGUGUGUGCGCGUAGGGAUGGGUGAUACUCAUUUCAUUCAACUUACUAUGUUAUAACUACAUAAGAUAUUGCUGUAACUAUGACUUAAAACACUAUAAUCACCACCAUUAAUACAUAAUGGUACAGUUUUUCAUAGCUAUUUUUAUACCAAUUAUGCAACUACACUGAGAUCUUCUAAAAUUUGGGAAAGUACUCUGUAAUCUUGUUUCCCUCUAAAAUUUGUCUUCCUCAUAUGACUCCCUUUGCAUCUACAACUAUUUUUCUUAACAUAUUAUGUGUUCAUCAUGUUUCUUGCUGGCUGAUAUGCUUUCAAGAGAAAAUGAUGCUUUAAUUACAACUCUAGGCCUAAUCCUCAUGUUGUAAGUGGAAAAUCCACUAAAAGGUAACAAUAGCUUUGUUUACAUAGGUGUAGCUGGACAAAAAGCCAGGACAUAAGUUUUGGAAGAGGUUAUUCACCUACUAGGAAUUACCUGCAGUUAUGGAUUCAUGUAACACCUGGCCCAGAGACCAGUCUGUCAAACAUGUGCAAAUGUUUCUUUGGAGCCCAGAUGUCUGUAGUCAAGGGUCUGGCACAAUAGGAUGAUGAACGAUCUGCAAACCAUUCUGCAAAGGAAAGCUGCAAAAUUAUCCUUGCCACACUUGUUGAUGAAAGGCAAACUCAGAGAUUUUAACUCUGAAAUUAUUAGGAACUGCAGCAUGUUGGUGAUGUGGGUGAUUCUUUUCUGCUCUAUGCAGAUGCAUUUGCUUACUUUACACUAACAGGUAGUGCUGAGAUGUUUUAAAACCUGUUAUCACUAUUGGAGUGAUAUAAAAGAAAAACCUUUAUUGUUAUCAAAGUCAACAUGUCUGUAAUCUGUUUUCUACAUUCAGUUAUAUUUUUAGGCCUCUGAGUCUUGAAAAGAUGUUAAAUUAUGUAUUUUAUUGGAAACCAAUGAUCAGGUAAAUCCACAGAAUAUACUGGGAUAGUCAUUGAGAGAGACCUUCAUCAGUAUAACUGAGUUACAAAUUAAAAGUAAAUAUCCUUUCUCGGGAUGCAGUCGUGUUGAGGACAGUGUGUAUGUGUGUCUGUAGCCAAAUGCAGUCUGCAUUUGUUUGCUUACGGACAAGUGCAUAUGUUUUACUGAACUGGACUUUUCAAUUACCAUAUAAGAACAGAAGGUAUGGCAGGCCUGCAGGAGCCUUCUCUCUGUGUGCUAGUAUGGAAGUAAAUGUAGUAUUUGAAAGUAAGAUUAGCGUUCCUUAUACAGUUUUAAGUUUGUUUGAAUUGCUGUUACAUGUCUGUGUGUCAGUCACUUGCUCGCCUGAAGUUAAUCAUUCAUGAAUACCAUUUCAUAACAGCAAUAAGGCAUUCCAGGUAGCAAACUUCAGGGUUACAACUGCUCUUGGGUGGAUGAAGUCGCACAGUUUACGGCUUCAUGCCUUAGACUGCCAUGCCAAGAUGCAAUAUUUAACUAUCCUUGACUGCCUGUUGCUUUUUACCGCAGUACUGUAUGUAUGUGUUACCCCACAUAGUUUGACUGCUUACACGUACAGCACACAUGUUAAGAAAAAACCCACAAAAGAGGCCAUCUGUACUUGUAAAGAAAACUACCUUGUAGUGUGUUGGCCUUUCUGCACAUUUAAACAAACAUGUUGAACUUUAUUUGAACUGUGACAUAUUUUAGUUGUUAGUUUUGUCAUAGUUUUUAAGAUGUAUUCUUGAUACUUCAAUUGAUUCUGCUUUAGGAGAAUCAUUCAAGAUUUUUACCUUUUUAUAUUAGAGAAAAUUGUAUUGCAGCACAGUUGGCACAGCAACCUUAAAUAACAGAAUGAACCUUUUAUGUGGUAGAAAUGCUGCUGUUGUUCCAGUAAAAAGGGCAUCAUUUGUAAAAUGAGUGACUGGAAGAAUCAUAUCUUACUGAGAAAGAUGAGCCUGAAUUUCUUAUCCAGCUAUCGAUUAGCAAAAGUUUUACUGUCUAUUUUAAUCUCCACCUUCUGUGAAAAAUAAGCAGUAAUUUUCAGUAUAACCCUCAGACAAGAACAGAGCAUAAUUACAUCAGACUAGUACACAACCUGAGCUUGGUUUUCAGCCCUGUCUCAGGUUUAACUCCCUGGAAGGGCCGGGGGAACAUUUUACAAGUUUUGAUCUGUUUUGCUGUAGAUGUUGCAAUUCAGUUGAAACACGUGCCUUGCAAGCCUCUAUUAAAUGAACAGAAAACUCCCUUUGUGUUUCUUUUUGUGAAGAUUGUUGGUUUUGUUUUGAUUUUCUUUUUCUAAAUCUCUGACUUUCUGAUUUCUAAAGCUUCCUUUGUGUCUUAAUACCCCAGUCUCUGAGGAUGCUCCUGUAGUAAGAGGUGCAGCUGAGAUGUAUGCCAGCCAUCUAACAGCUGAUGUAAGAAUUUGCAUAGCAAUUUGUGUUGCUAUUUUGCUGGCUUAUUUCCUCCUUCACGUUUCCAGUUUCUGAUAUGCUUCAUCUUAGUAAAGGCAGAAAGAUUACCUUGAAGAAAUAAAGUGAGUAUAGUAUUUUCAGGCGCUCACCUGUCACAAUUACAGUUGCAGGUUAAAGUUUAAUCGAGCCACAGCUAAACUGAUGUGUAGUUCUGUCUUAAUCUUAAAAAAAAAUGCUCUUUCACUUCUUGAAUUACCACAUACUUGAAUUCAGUUGAUAGAUUUGCCAGGAGGUGUUUGAGAGUAAGUAAAGGCAUUUCAGAAGCUUCUUUUCCUAUUACUAGAAAAAGUACUGCUUUUAUUUCUUCCAAAGUAAAUGGAAUACAGUUUGAUACACUACAAUCUUAAAUGCAAUUUCCAUCGAGAAGGGGUAAGUAAGAGAUGCAGAAGGAAGAAAGAAGGCCAAAAGAUUUAACAGGCAUUGAAAAAUAUUCAAACUAUUUGCUCUGUGGCAUUACUGGUUACUGAAAGGUAGAAGGUUAGGGACCAAAUCUUAUUCAUACCACCUUAUUUUUACUAAGUCAUCUGCAAAUGUCCAAAUCUUAUGAUCCUUCGUAUGCUUUCCCAUGCAAUUCACAUGACUAGGAGCUGUUCAGGCAGGUUGUAGGGAUUUGUAAGCUGUCAUUGAAACUCUUCUUAAUGACUGCUGUAACUUGUAUAACCAAUCCUUUAACCAAAAAUCUAACAGAAGAAAGUGUAGGCUGUUUGUGUGGGUGCGUGGGCAUGUGUGUUCUAUUUCCAUUUAGAGAUGUCUGGUUUGCUCUUGUGUUUGGAGAUGUAAUGAGUGACUUCUGUUUUGCUAAUUGGUGGUCGAACCUAUGAAUCUCCUAAAUAUGGACUGACAGGUGGACUCUAGAGUACUGUGGUAUUAGAGAUGAAAUAAAAGCUGAGUUGAUUCCAACACAAGCAAUAUUUUAUGUGAAAUAAUACCUCAACAUAGAUCUAUAUAAUCAUGCCUUUAGUACUCUUUUAAAAACCUUAAAAAAGUGGUAAUUCUAAAACAUACAAUGUGUGUUAUUUUAAUAAUCAUUCCUACACCCUCAGUACAGCUAAAAGAAAAUACCACCUUUCUGUUGCUGCACUCUUACUAUGCCAAAUGCAGAGCUAGUGAUGCCUAAAGGUCUUCUGAACUGUUUGGUACCUCAGCUAGAUGUUUAAAUGUGUAAUUAAUCUGGCAAUGUUUUUGACUUCACAGCUAAAUGUAUGUAAUUCUGCCUUUCAAGUUAUGUUUAAGGUUACCUCUUUAUUUGAUGGAAAAGAGGUGGGUGUUUAAUGCCUUCAAACUUUGUUACUUAGUAAUGCAGAAGAAUUUCUGGUGGUGCUUUACUUGUUAAUGAUGUUUAGAAGUAGCGUAUAUGGCAUAUGGACAUAUCUAUGUGCAGCUAUUUAAUAACAACUCUAAGGAAUCUAAUUCCUUUUAUCUUAUUUGUUGUCUUGGACAGGUUUUUAUUGAAAUAAUGUAUACAUAGUAAAUAUUUUUCUCUUGUGACAGCUUUUUUUCUGUAAAAAACAAAAAAAAGGUAAUAAAAGCCAAGUUCAGAAAGUAUGGAUUGUUUGGGACACAAACUGGUUUCUUCUUUCAUUUGAGAAGUGUGAUAGCCUUUCACAAAACCAUGUAGUUCAUAAUGAAUUAACCUCAGAGGCUGCGGUAGUGAAGUGAUUUUUAUAUUCUAUCGUAUUAUUUGUAUAUGCAAUUUUCAGUCAAGUGAAGACUGUACUCAAAUACGUGUCUUGAUGGGCAGCAUCAGUACUCUUGCAGAUGUCAAGGUAUAGCAGCAUGCUCAGGCUGGAUCCAUAUGUCAUGCUGGUUUGAUGACCUCUUGAGACACACUGGCAUGAGGAUGAGCAGCAAAAUAUGAGGUGCUUCACACAGAACUAUUGAACUCUGCCUUUCUCCCUCAAGAUCCUCCCCACUGCAAGCAUGUCACCUGGAAAUAAAUUGCUAUGCAGCAUCAA